AUGUCAUCGUCCCGGGUUGGUGUCCAAGCUAGAAUCAAAGAGGCGUCCCCAAAAGCUCUCUACACUCACUGCAGCAAUCACAGGUUAAACCUAAGCAUCGCAACAGCCUGCAAGAUUCCGCAAGUGCGCCUCACCGUUGACGUCAUCAAUGAGGUGUUUUUCUUCUUUGACAUGUCUCCGAAGAGGCAACGUUUCUUGGAACGAGUGCUAGAGGCAUACGGUUCAGAACAAGCGAAGAGGAGGCUUUGCGGUUUGUGUCGCACAAGAUGGGUAGAACGACACACAGCACUGGAUACGUUUUAUAACCUGUACCACUACGUGUGCCUCUGCUUAGAAGCUAUGACUGUGCCCGACCAACACCGCCAUGUUUACGCGCGAACUGACAUCGAAGCUAGCACCGAUGACUCACGUGACCUUCCGCCCGCCGAGCAGUGGUCCUGGGACCGCGACACCAAGAUGAGGGCGGCCGGCCUACUCGUCAAUCUGAAGUCAUCGGAUACGAUCGUAUCUUUUAUGAUUGUAAAAAAUGCCCUGGAGGUCGUGAAGCCCCUUGCCACGAAGCUUCAGAAACGGGAUCGGGACGUCAUCGACGCGUAUGGUAUGAUUGAUUCUACCAUCUCUAGACUUCGGGCGUUGCGGUGUGAAGUCGAGCAAGAGUUUAAAUCGUGGUUCAACGACUCCGUCAAGCUGGCAGAUCUUGUUGGGACCGAAAUUCAAACUCCAAGAGUAGUUGCUCGUCAAGCUCACCGUUCGAACAAUCCGUCCUCAUCUCCAGAAGAGCAUUACAGAACCAACACGGCAGUUCCUUUUAUUGACCCCAUGCUCCAAGAGAUGGAUACGCGAUUUGCUCAGGAGGAAAGGGUAGGCAAGGCAAUAUUUUGCUUACUACCAUCGUACAUAUUGAGUGAUGGCCCGGACACUCUAGAGCGGUCUCUUCACGAAGAGCUUCUGUUCUGGGAAGAGGAUCUCCCGUCUCCGUCAUCGCUGCGGCACGAGCUCCAGGAGUGGUGUAGAUUCUGGAGGACUCAGACUCUGCACAGCGUUCCUGAGGAUCUUCGUGAUACCUUGUGCAGCACCGACGGCGACGUGUUCCCGAACAUUCGUCAGCUAUUAAUAAUUGGAUGCACGCUUCCCAUUUCAAGCGCCGAGGCAGAGCGGAGUUUUUCUGCUCUACGAAGAGUCAAGUCCUACACGCGAAGCACAAUGACAGAAGAACGUUUCACUGGACUUGCUCUAAUGCAUGUCCAUCAAGACAUUCCGAUAGACACCAAAGCGAUUUGUCUGGCGUUCAUCAGAAAGCAUCAGCGUCGGAUGUUUAGUGCAUGCGUGAUGUACGACUGA